GCGCCGGAAGCGGAAGCGGCGCAGCGCUGAGGCGGAAGCGGCCGUUGUCCGGGGAGACGCAGCGCGGCCGGGCGCCGGGAGGGCCGCGGCGCGGCGCGGGGGGGAUGUGGCGGCUGGCGCUGGCGCUGGCCUGGCUGGGCGGCGCCGUCCCUGCAGGAGCCGCGGCGGAGCCGGGCGGCCGCUCGCCGCCGGGGCCUGUGCUCCCCGCCGAGGGCGGCUCGCCGCCGGGGGUCGGCGGGCCGGCGCAGUACCGGACGGCGGAGAUGGCCGACGCGAUGCUGGGCAGCGGGCUUCCCUCCGAGCAGCCCGUGCUGCUCUCGGUGGUGCCGGCGGAGGCGAGCGACGGGCCCGCGGCCGACUCGGCUGCGGGCGCUUGCGACGCUGCGGUCGGAGGUGGCGAGUGCGGCGGCGGCCCGGCGGCCCCCUCGGCUCCGCCUGGCGCCCACGGCCGAGAGCUCGCAGCAGGGUCCCCGGUUGUGCUGGAGACUGUGCUGCCCGCGCCGGCUGAGGAGGCCAACGGCACCGAGGGCAUGAAAACGCCCAAAGUAAACUGCGAGGAGAGAAACGUUACUGGGGUCGAAAACUUCACGCUACAGAUCCUGAACGUUUCUCAAGAUCUGAUGGAGUUCUUAAACCCAAACAGCAGUGACUGUACGUUAGUCUUGUUCUACACACCAUGGUGCCGCUUCUCUGCCAGUCUAGCACCUCAUUUUAAUUCUUUACCUCGAGCAUUUCCAACUCUUCGCUUCCUAGCCUUGGAUGCAUCUCAGCAUAGCAGUUUAUCAACUAGAUUUGGAACUGUGGCUGUACCCAACAUCCUCCUUUUCCAAGGUGCUAAACCUAUGGCUAGAUUUAAUCAUACAGACAGAACACUGGAAACACUGAAAGACUUCAUUUUUAAUCAAACAGGGAUAGAAGCUAAAAAAGAUGUGACUGUGACUGAGGAAGACUGGAAAGGCCCUCUGCCUAGUGUUCUGACAAAAGGAAUAGAUUGGCUACUUCUGUUUUCUUUACUCUUUCUGGCUAGCUUUGUUAUGUAUGCAACUAUUCGAACUGAGAGCAUUCGGUGGCUAAUCCCAGGACAAGAGCAUGAACAUCAAGAAUAAUUUGAGAUGCUGAAAAAGGGACAGGAUUCCUUGCUUAUUGGUAAAGCAGGAAUUUGUAUGGACUAAAUGUACAUUAGAAUGAACUGUUGAAUUUGCUGGUUGUAAUUUAUAAUCUGGACUGAAAAUCUGCUUUGUUCAUCACCUACUGAAUCUAUAAAAACCAAACACAUGAUGGUUAACACGGUAAGUAAACAAAUAUGAAAAAAUAUUAACUAAAAAUGUAUUUAUUAAAUUGCUUUGACUUGCUUAUUUUUAUUGUACCUUAAUGUAAAUAUGUGAUACUGUUCUACUUUGCUCUUAAGAAGUCCCUGAGCUUUGUAGAUCAAUUAAGAUUCCUACAGCAUAUUUGCUUGUAUAUGUGGCGUUGCUUGGCAAAGGAAUAGAGUAGAGUUGCUCCCAUUCAGGUGGAGUCUGGGAAUCUUCUUUUACAAAACCUACAGUUUCUGUGUGGAUGAUGCAAUAUAUACUAUGGAAGUAGGAUGUGUUGACCCACUCAGAUUGUACUCAUUUUCUGGCUUAAAUAUUCCUGAAAUAAAUGUUAAAGGGAUAUGUUAGUGAAAGGUGCUGUUACUAAAUUAGUUUGAUUGUCAGGAAAAUGAACUAUAGAGAAGAAAAAGAUGUUUUAAAAAUUAGUGUACGUCAAACAAAUGAUUGCAUUGUCUAAAAAGACUUUAUAACAGUAUGUAUUUGCUUUGCACUUUUGGAUACAGUAAUACCAGCAACAAUAAAAAUUUAAAAGCUUGUA